AUGUCUUUGAAGCUUGUCACAAUUUUUGCACUUGUUGCUGCAACAUACGCUGUCCCCGUUAUCUACCAACACGCGCCAGUGUUGAAGACACUCGUAAAACACGUUGAAUUAGAUGCACCGGCGCACUACACUUUCUCGUAUUCCGUGCACGAUGACACCACCGGCGACAUUAAAGAUCAAGAGGAAUCACGCAACGGCGAUGACGUUCAAGGACAUUACAGCUUGAUUGAUGCUGAUGGUUAUCGUCGUCUUGUUACCUACACUGCCAACGAAAAAGACGGUUUCCAAGCUGUUGUUAGUCGCGAACCCGCCAAGGGAGCCGUCAAACUCGUUCAACCAGUCCACAAAAUCGCCUUGGCUCCAAUUGCCCACAAAGCCAUCGUUGCUGCGCCAAUCCAUCAUUACGUUGCCCCAGCAAUUGCUCACAAAGUUAUCGCUGCUCCCGCCAAAAUUAUCUCGCACGGAGCUGCUACCGUCUCCAUCGAUGCUCAUGGCGUCAAAACUGUCUACUAA